UUUGCCUGCAUUCCAUAUAAAACUCUUAUAAAUUUGUUGGAUUAAAUCCUCCCAAAAUAAGGGCCAGAUUGCACAAGAGAGCAUCUAGGACCCCGACUGCGAGGGUCUUUGCGCUUCGCGCACAUUUUUUUCUGAGUAUCCACUUCACCCUGUCCCUUUCAGGUUUACUUGGAGUCUCAUCUGGCCCUUCAAAGAAAAAGUUUGAGAACCCCUGAUCUAUAAGAUUAAUGAUUUUCAAGAUAUUCUACAGAGAGCAUUCAAAGUGGGGAUGAAGAAGAUGAUGAUAACAGGUGGUUCACUAUCAGAUAGUAAGGAAGCAUUGGAAUUAGCUCAAACCAAUGAUGCCUUAUACAGUACAGUUGGAUGUCACCCUACUAGGUGUACAGAGUUUGACAAACACACCGAGAGUCCAGAAGGAUAUCUUCAAGACCUUCUUAAUCUCAUACAGAACAACAGAGAGAAGGUUGUAGCAUUAGGUGAAUGUGGAUUAGAUUAUGAUAGGCUUCACUUUUGUCCAAAGGAUACACAACUAAAAUAUUUUGAGAAACAGAUGAUACUUGCUGAGGAGACCAAUCUUCCUUUAUUCCUUCACUGUAGAGCAUCACAUCAAGAUUUUAUAGAUAUUGUAAAAAGGAAUAGAGAAAAAAUCAAAGGAGGUGUGGUGCAUUCAUUUACUGGAUCUAAAGCAGAAGUUUCAGAAUUAUUAGACUUGGAUUUUUUCAUUGGCAUCAAUGGAUGUUCACUGAAGACAGCAGAGAACAUAGAAGCAAUGUGCACGAUACCAAAGGACAGGUUGAUGAUUGAAACAGAUGCACCCUGGUGUGAAGUGAAAGCAACUCAUGCUGGAUUCAAACAUGUCCAAACUAAGUUCCCUACCAAGAAGAAAGAGAAAUGGGAAGAAGAUAACUGUGUUAAAGGAAGGAAUGAACCAUGUCAUAUUAUUCAAGUUUUGGAGGUGAUGGCAGCAUCAAGAGGAGAGGAUAUCAAUGAGCUUGCUGAUAUUAUGUUUGAGAACACAGAAAAUAUGUUCUUCUGUAGGUGAUGAUUUCUCUACAGCGACAUCAUUCUCUUGAUCCCUUGUGUAUAAACUGAUAUUGAACUGUUCUUUACAUUCAUCUCUCUCAGUAAUCUGUCAUUUGAUCUCAUGACAAAUGCUCCUCUACUAAUUUCUCUGAAGAUAAAAGGGAAGGGUUAGAGUUGCAAUCAGGUUUUUUGUUUGAAAUCAUUUCAGGAUUAGAAUUAAGAUAAGGUUUGAGGUAGGGGUUUAUGUUUGACUUAAUGUGUGCAUUUUCAGUUGGAGUUGUUGGGGAGUAAAUAUCAAGAAGUCCAAUCUUAGAGACUAAUUUAUUUAUAAUUAAGUGUGAGCCAACUCUAGUUUGAGUUGAGCUGCCUUUCCUUUGCAUUGUCAGAUCGACAUGGGAUGUUUAGAUAGUGACAACUAUUAUUUGAUUUGUUGUUUUUUAUUUGUGACGUUAUAAGUGAACAGCUUCCCAUGUUAUCAUGAAUUUGAAAAAAUAAAAGAAAUGCAAAUUUCAGUAUAUUAAAUCAUUUCACAACAUAUUGGGCAGCAGCUCGCACAGUGCAUAUGUCACAAAUCUAAAACUUGAAUUCUAAAGACUUCUUUAAUCUUUGAUGGAUUUUUCUCUUAUCAUUUUGGGGGUAUUUUAACGUAAGGGCGAGCUUUUCAUGAGGGUAAACUUCCCCUUUAAAGGUCCCAAAACAUACAAUUCAUGUUAUCUUCAGUUAAUGUGUACAUCAUAUAAUUUCAAUAUUUUUUUCCACUUUUCUUGCAUGUUCCUGCAGUAUACUAAGCCCCGCCCCACUAAAAUCCACUCUGUUUUUUUUUGCCUCUUGUGAUGUCACAGGAGGCAGUAAUAAGCAUCACAAUACACAAUGCUAUGCAACUUGCCAUAACUAUGCACCAUUGCUAAUAAUCACAAGUCUUCAGACAACACUAGGGCCUAUAUAGCUACCAUUCAAACUGUCAUUUAGUUACUGCUUGUGAAGUGGUAUUGUAUGAAGACUUGUAAUUGUUAGCAAUGGUACAUAGUUAUGGUAAGUUGCAUUGCUUUGUGUAUCAAUUGGUAUGCUUAUUUUUGCCUCCUGUGACAUCAUAAGAGACAAAAAAAAUGAUCUCAUUGAUUUUAAGGAUGCCGGGUGUAAUAUACAAAAGAAAAAUGAAAUUAAAAGUAUUGAAAUUAUAUGAUGUACAUUAAAACCCAUCAGGACAUGAAAGUAAAGACUCAUACAAUAACAGAACGUAUUCUGUAUUUCACAAAUAUAAAGAAAUAUACAAUCACAAAUAUUUGCAUUAUCAGAAGAGUAAGCUGAAUGGAAAAAAAAUAAACUUGUUUAAUUUCUUUCUGUGAAUUGUCCAAUCUUACAAUACAUAUAUCAUACAUGAAUCCAGUCCAACAUAAUGUUACAAUUAUGUACAGGUAGCAAUAUCAUAGAAUGUGAAAAUGGAUUACAAACUAGCAAAUAUUCUUUUUCAGUCGGUAAACUGCCUCAAAAAAAAUCAGAAGUGAAAUACAGGAAAUUAAUAUACUUGUACCGGUAAUUGUUUAACAUCUACACAUGAAAUGAUCACAAUAAAUUCCUCUGUUUUCCAUUUUCUAAAAUGAAAGUUUGUGUUCUGAACAUCAAAUUUUAUAUUUUUAAGUGACAUGUAAAAACAUAAGGCAAUUGAGAAUAGUGAAUAUCUAAGAAAAACCAGUAUAUAUUAUACACUGUGGAAUAGAAAAAGCUUGUCAAUGACAUUGCUAAAAUAAAUUAUUGGCUGACUUUGCUCUCAUGAUUUAUGUGGUAUUUUUUGUAAUUCAAAAUGUCUAGCCACAUAUAAACUUUGUGCUUUCCAUAUUCUGUGAAUUCCAUGAUUUUUUUUCAAACUGGCAACUCUGACCCUUUACCAAAAUUUGUUAAUCAUGAAAUGCAUCUAGACCAAGUGUAAAGACAAUAUCAAAGAGCCCCCACUGUCAAACAAUAGUAAUAAAGGUAAUUCUAUUAAGACAUACUUUCUUCCUUUGCUGUUGUAUUUCUUUAUUUACAGGUGUCCUGACCUAUGACACAAUUUUUAAGAAAAUCAGGUGAAAAUGGGACAAAAAAAAACUUGUCUCUUGAAAAUGGAAAGAAAAAGUUAUGUGAAGGCCUUAUGAACUGAUUUUGGUGUCUUUAUAUUCAAAAUGCGAAAA